AUGCCGGCGUUAGAAGCUAUUCCUGAGCCUGAGUUACCUGUUGCUUCCUCUAAUGAUGUGCAUCAUUUUGAUUCGACUGUAGAUCGCCUGGAUACAAUUCGUAACAAACGGAAACGAACACCGAAGAAACCUGAGAAGAGUUCAACGAACGAUACUGUCGUAAGAGUCGUUCCAAAACUGACUUGGAGCUCGCUGGACUCGACAGACGACGAUGACGAUGGUGCAUCUGUCUCAGGAAUUCCCCGUGCAAAUAAAUCUGUAAAUCUCUUUCCGAGAGGCGUUACCAGCACUUCCGAUUCAUCUGAAACUUCUGAUUUUGACGAUGAUGUUCCGACAAUUAGCUUGUUGAAAAAUGUGCUAAGCUCGACGGGUAGACCCUCAAAAGAUCCUGAAAUAAUCACUGAUUCAACGAAGAAUAAACCAGAAAUGAUAACAACGAAAAGUCCAGUAGUUCGUGUAGAACUUCCCGAAGAAUAUCGUCCAAGUUCGUCAGUUGAAAGUAAAGGGACAAAAACAUCACCGACGGUAACGGCGGUUGUUGAUGAAAAUCUACCGGUCGAAAAUGCUUCACCAAGUGGUCCUGAAGAACCAACUGUUCCAGACGAUGAGACCAUCACUUCGGAAACGCCAAGUGUACCCGAUUUCGACGACGUGCCGAUGAUCAGAUUGAACGAAAGUAUGCAACAAGAAAGAAAGAGCACUCCAAAGAAAACAAAAAUUAACAAGACAAAGACAAUUGCGGACAUUUUUAAUGAAACAUUUGAACGACUUGAACGAUUUCGUCCAAGCUCUCCAGACGAAAGUAUCGCAUCGAGUCGGGGGAGAAGAAGCUUACCGAAGACAAAUUUGAAGGUAGAUACUCAGACGGGCGACGAAACUAACACUGACGAUUUCUUCGACAGUCCAAGCGACUACCAGCCAACUUCUGAUUCUGAAAAGGAUGACAAGCGGAAAAACUCAACGGAUUCUAGUGCAAGUGAAGAAGAACAUCAGUCUAUCAUCGAGAAACCAAAGAAAAAAUCCCCAGAAUUGGUUCCAGCAAUUGGACAAGAAAUACAAAGUCCAAGAAAACCAACUACUGCUCGCAGUGUAGAAAAUCGGCGCCCUGUUAUCUCGAGACCAAAGAAAAACUCUCCAAAAACCAAUGAUCGAUCAAAAUCAACGAGGACUCCUAAAAGACCAAAAACAAUCACCAAAAAACAGAUAAAGAAGAACAGUCUGCUAGAUACAAGCACUCAGAGCACCAAAUGGAAAUCAAAGGAAUAUAUUUCAAGUAGCUCUUCUGACAGUGACGGAGAUCAACUUCCUGUUAUUCCAAGGCUAAAGAAAAAAUCUCCAAAUCACAAGGCAAUUGAUCAGACGAAAUUAGCGAGGACACCCAAGAAAACAGUUCAAAGAAAAGCAAAGAAGAACACUUCAUUAGAUACAAGCACUCAAAGUACGAUACCAAAGUCCAAGGAAUAUAUCUCAACGAGCUCUGAGAGUGAAGAAGAUCAACAAUCUUUCGCGGAGAAGUUGAAGAAAAAAUCGUCAAAACUCGUUCAUCCGCCGAAAUCAACAACAACCCCCACGAAGGAAAGUUCAAAAUCGCCUCAAAAAGCAAUAUCUGAUGAAGAUAGUACAACUGAAGUCCCUGACGAAAAUUCUGAAACAAGGUCGAUGCCGGACUUAGAAAAUGUGUCAAAUUCAGUUGUUCCCGAUCCCGUUUUUUCUUCUGCUUUGGUUCCUGUCAGAAAGAAAUCUAUACCAGAACUCGAUGAGCUCUCGGAAACGAUUUCAACUGAUGAUGAAACUGUUCUUCCUCCAGCAAAGAAAUUGAAACGCUCUAUCAAAACGAGAGAGAAAAACAAAAGUCAUGAGUACGAAAGUGAUGAUACUGGUGAAGAAUUAUUUAUUGAAACUGAAUCGUUGGCUCCUGAUGACGACCUUUUUGAAAUUGGAAAAGAAAAAAGCGUUUUUGAUGAGAUCUCAAGCUCGGAAACAGACAGUGACGUUGAAGAGGUUUAUGAACCCGAAGGACGUAAAAAAGCCGGAGAACGUCGAAAGUUUUCAUCGCUGCAAAAGAUGAAAGAAAAGUAUCUGGAAGAAAUUGUUGGCUGGCUACCAUGGAAGCGGAAUACGGUGUCGAUUUUGAUCGAAACAAUAAGAGACAAAUUGCUGAAGAGAGAGUUUGAUGGAAUUGACGAGAUCCUGAAGGCGCUUGUGAUAAGAAUAGGCUCUCCAAGUAGAGUUGCAAUCGGAAAUCGCGUUCACGUUUCUUCACUUGCAGUUCUUACCCCGAUCAUAUUCAGUCAGUUGCCUGAACAGCUACCUGAAUCGGUCAUCCGUCAAUUUGAACCUGAAGAUCAAAAAGCGUUCCUGUCGUACCUCAACAAAAGUGUCGUGAAACGAACAGAAUGUGAAAUGGAGCCAAUAAUCCAAAAUCUCAUAAAAUUGACGUUGGAGAACGAAGAACAUAUUGAAAAUCAAAUAAAGAUUUUAUCUGAUACAAUUCACGACAUCAACAAGGUCUUUUCAUCACAAACCAAGUCGCGAAGAUCAGUUGGAAACAACAAGGAAAACCACCAGCCAAAAGUCGAUCAUCUCCUUCUUUGCCUGCUUUUUCAAUUCGAAUACAUGCAAGUAAAAGGAAGUAGAGAAGCACAGGUCUUGGCAGAGAAGAUUGUGAGCAAAAUUGAACGAUCAGCAUCUCACCAGCGCGUGGGAAUCCAAGCUCUUGGUUCUAUCAUGAAAGGAUUGAAAGAAAUUGGCAUUGAAAACCAGACGAUUGACAAGUGGAAUGCGAUAGUUGUUGAAACCAGCUACAGUGGAGCGGGAGAAGAUGAACUGCAACGAAUGCAAAUGGAAGAGCUCAAGAAGGAAUUCGCAAAUAACAAGAUUUCUGAAGCUGGUUUUCAACUUGCGAAGAUGUUGAAAAGAGGUGGACAGCCGAUUGAAGCAACAAAAACUCUUAUCGAGUACGUCUCGUAUAAUCGAGUAAAAUGCGAUUUAUCCGUCCAGAUCUGGGAGUUUCUCCGCAGCUUAUUGGAAGAAAAAGAAGCUUUAGAGUGGUUCAAGGAAGUUCGAGGACUUGGAAGCCCACAAUCAUUUCGAAAAAUGUUCCUGAAGCUUUCGAUCGACAACCCAGUUGAAGUCGCCGAAGUGAAAAGAAACAUUCGAGAAAUGUGUAUCUAA